UAGAGCGUUCCCGUGGGAGAAAAACCCUAGAAAAGCCCCAUCAGCCACCACUCUACCCUCUACUCCCUCUCUCGCUCGCUCGCUCGCUCGCUCGCUCUCUCUGGUUUUUUUUUCCUGCCCUCUGGAACCCUAAUCCUAACCUCUCGAAUUGAUCUUUGUUUGCAAUCGCCGGCGAAAAUGACUUUAACAGGUCGAUUCCGGGAGCUCAUGAAGAAAUACGGGAAGGUCGCUUUGGGCGUCCACUUCUCCGUCUCUGGUGCCUCUAUAACGGGACUCUACAUCGCCAUUAAAAACAACGUUGACGUCGAAUCUAUUCUCAGCAAAGUCGGUAUAUCCGGUGUGGCGAAAGAAGAAUCCAAGAGUAUUGAAACAUCGAUGCCUCAAUCCGAGACUCCCGAUGGAUUCGCCCUCGAAGAGACGCAGGAACUUUCCAUCCCAUCUGAUCAACAGUUGAAGAAGAGGUCUCGGACGGCCGAGUUGGCGGCUUCCAGUGGCGGUGCACUUGCCUUGGCUGUUCUAUGCAACAAAGCUUUGUUCCCUAUCCGGGUUCCGAUCACUGUUGCUCUCACUCCUCCGAUCGCAAGAUUCCUGGCGAGGAGAAGAAUUAUUAAGAGCCAUGGACAUUAAAUGGUGAAAGCUUGUAUCCAUUUGAUUAUUCAUAUAUGUACUCUUGAUAUUUGAAUCCAGAAAGAAGCUAGUUGGGGAAGACGAGAGGAGAAUUUCCUUCAAACUGGUAAAAGUUCAGUUCGGCUCUUUUUAAAACUUGUGUGUGUGGAUUCGAUUUUGUUCAUAAAUUCUGGCUAUACCCAAAUGAAAACAAUUGAAUGCGUCUUCUUCUUCUUCUCUCA